AUGUCCUGCUAUUUUUCAACGGUACAAAUCGUCUGCAGGUCUGAAUGCGUCGAUCUACUGGCUGCUCACGCCAUUUUACAAUCGGUUCAGACGCGAAUUGACUGGGCCAAAAAAGAUUGUAUCUUCUUCAGUUGCAUCUCUCUCCUCCAGCCUGAGGCUCUGGCAAAUUCAGGCCAUGCCAACCGGCUCUACUCCGCCAGCAAUCUACAGCAUUUAGGCGCAUCGACUCUGCCCUCCAUCGUUGGCGGCAGCAACCACGGCGGUGGAAGCCGCCCUCCUCUGAAGCCAGACGCCCGGCUCGGCCAGCCGAUCGACAUGACUUCAUUGUUUAUGGUCGAGGUCAAGUUGCUCAGUGAUGAUCAGCCUCCUCUACAAAUCGAGGUCACGGUAAGCAGAGCAACCAGGCUACAUGUCACGCAAAUAGGGCCAUGA